CCACAUCAUACUAUCACGACACCUUUUCCGCCUACACUCUACAUAUCCACAUUCCAGUUACGACUACUCUUAGACACCUACGGAUGCUUUAGAUACACUGAUAUGGAUUUUCUCAAGUCCGCAGUGGCCUCGGCUAUCGCCGCCCAGGGGCCACCAUUCCCUUAUUCUUUUGGCGACAAGGUCGAUAUCGAUUCUUCCAUCUGGACACUCUACAACGGCACACGGCGCGCCGACGGGUCCAACUGCAGCAUUUUCUCCUUCGACGUCACCGCCAACAAGUCACGGUUACCGUUAGCCAAGAAUGCACUCAAAAAGCUUCGCACGAUGCGUCACCCUGGCGUUAUAAAGGUCUUAGACGCCGUCGAGACCGAUUCCUACAUAUAUAUCGCGACCGAGCGCCUUGUACCCCUCCGGUGGCAUGUCAAGAGGAAGAGCUUGAACCCGGAGACAAUAAAAUGGGGCCUGUACAGCAUCGCGCGCACCGUCAAAUUUAUCAACGAGGAAGGGUCGUCCAUACAUGGCAGUCUGAGGGUCGCGUCCAUCUACACGUCCGAGAGCGGCGAGUGGAAACUUGGUGGGUUUGAAGUCCUCAGCAACGUCAAAGAUGACGACGCCAUAAUAUACACAUACGGUAGCUUGGUACCCGAUUCGAGCAGGUUUACACCCCCUGAGCUGGCGCAGUCCGGCUGGGACGCCAUCAAGAAGAGCCCACACUCUGCUGUCGAUUCCUACAAUUUUGGCACCACCAUCUAUGAAGUAUUCAAUGGCGAUUUCUCAGGACAAUACCCGGCAGGACAGACCAAAGGCAUUCCGCCGACUAUGCACGUAGGUUACAAGAGGCUUGUGAAUGCGAACCCGAAAGCUAGGAUAACCGUCGGGGCCUUCUUUGAACAAGGACGUCGUUCAGGUGGUUUCUUCGACUCUCCUCUGAUAAAGCUAACCGAGGGUAUUGACAACCUCGAUGUCAAAUCGGAGACGGAGAGGGCAGAGUUCCUCGACGAUCUUGACCAGCUCACCGACGACUUCCCCGAGGAUUUCUUUAAGAUGAAGGUCUUACCAGAACUUCUUAAAUCUGUAGAGUUUGGUGGAGGCGGACCCAAGGCUUUCGGGGUGGUCAUGAAAAUAGCUGCUAAGCUUCCAAAUGACGAUUUCGAGGCUCGGGUACAACCGGUUGUUGUUCGAUUGUUUGGUAACCCAGACAGGGCUAUCCGAGUGUGCUUACUAGAGAAUCUGCCGUUGAUGAUAGACAGAUUACCGCAAAAAGUAGUAAACGAUAAGAUAUUCCCCAAUAUGGUAUCCGGCUUUACAGACUUAGCGCCCCUAGUUCGAGAACAGACAUUGAAAUCGGUACUUGUCGUCAUCCACAAGCUGUCAGAUCGCAUCAUCAAUGGAGAGCUGCUGAAGUACCUAGCCAAAACGGCAAAUGAUGAGCAACCUGGAAUUCGAACAAACACAACGAUAUGCUUAGGUAAAAUCGCUAAGAAUCUCGGUACAUCUAAUCGGGCUAAGGUCCUCAUCGCCGCUUUCACGAGGUCACUGCGAGACCCGUUCGUGCAUGCUCGCAACGCGGCUCUGAUGGCACUGGCAGCAACCGGGGAAUACUUUACAGAAGAAGACUGUGCCUCACGGAUUUUGCCCGUUAUUUGUCCGUCUUUGAUAGACAAGGAGAAGCUGGUCCGUGACCAAGCGAAUAAGACGGUGGAUAUCUAUCUUCAACGGAUACGCAAGGCGGCAGCAAGCAUGCCCGAUACUGUCAUUCCCCCAUCUCAGACUGCAGACGGCACUGGCCCACGUAUGAGCACACCACAGCCCAGCGAGGCCUCUUCGUGGGCUGGCUGGGCUAUCUCCUCCUUUACUAAUAAACUAUCCGCCGUAUCUGGCGAAAUGCAAACAGCCAACGGGACAACAACCCCCCAACCAACUUCGCCAUCUGCAGGAUCCGAGUCAAAGCGCAUAGCUUCUACAUCUUCCGCUUCCGCACUGCAUCGACAAGCCGUGAAGUCACCUUCCCCUGCACCUCUGUCGCGGAAUUCAACCACCAGUGCGCCAGAUGCAUACUUCAAAGACCCUUUGCCUAUCGAAGAUGACGAUGCUGGCGACGCAUGGGGUGAUAUGGGCGAUAUGAACGAUGACGACACAGCAGAUGCCUGGGGUGAGCCAAGCGAUAACACCACUGACGCUUGGUCCAACACUACAAUUACAACCCCAGCCACAACCACAACAACAAGCAAACUAGCCAAGAAGACACCAGCGGUAUCCAGCAAACCUUUCGACGAUGGUUCUGAGCCCGAUUUUGCAGGCUGGUUAGCAGCACAGGCGCAGAAGAAGAAUCCAGGCAUUGGCAAGCCCCUACCAAAAGGUCUAGCAAAGAGCAGCUCUGGCGCAGCUAAGAAACCAUUGGCGAGUAGACCGGCCUCUGCGUCGACUAAAUCCAAGAAGAUUGACUUGAAGCCCAAAGACACAGGCGGUGAUGAGGACGGAUGGGGAGACGGAUGGUGAUCGAAUUAAUCAGGUAUGGAAUAGUAUAUAUAUACUAUUCAUUCAGUGGCAGUUGGAAUCAGGGAUUAGACACAAGUGUCACCAAACCCUUGGAUACAAGACCUGGAAACCACACAAUACGUGUCGAAAGAAUGAUACCGGGCGGCAGAGGACGAAAUUAUUGGGUUUUAUCCAUCUAUAUGACAUCGGAGCGACAUAAUUGAUAUAUACCUAGGUAUAUAGUAGCAAGCAAGCAGCAUAGGACAGCAGCACUGGCGUGGCGUUUUUGGAGUACCCAACCCAAAGGAUUGAACACUGCCUACCUACUCAAUAGGGAGAAAAAGGUUUUGUGUAGUCGAGUAUCUAGAUAUAUACUUACGUAGGUAUUUGAGACGAAUGGAAUAACUAAUGCGAAGACUAAU